ACCAGAAGACGUACAACUAAUGCAUAUAAAAAGGCCACUAGCUGAAGGAGCAAUGGAUGUUGCUUAUUCACGUGUUCUCUUUCUGGGUACUGCUGGAGUGGGGAAGACAAGCUUUAAACGUUCCCUUAUGAAGUUGCCAUGGAAACCUAACACUACCAGUACUGUCGUAUCAGAUAUUAGUCAAGUUCGUCCAUUCACACGCGAGUGGCACACAUUCAAAAAUCAAUGGAGAGCUGUAUCACAUGAGGAUGAAAUCGAAGAAUUAGCUGGUUUAAUAUUGGCUGUUUACAAGAAAAAAUUUGAAGGCUCUGAUGCUACUGCAUAUGCUCAUAACAAAAGUUCCCAGUCUGUCCCAGAAGCACAUAGCAACAUUAUUCUUGAAGUUGAAAAAAUUAUAUCUGAUGCUUUGUCUUACAUUAAUGGAAAUCCCACUUCGCCACUAAAGCCACAGCCAUUUCUUCAUUUUUGGGACUGUGGUGGCCAGCCAUCUUUUAUUGAGAUUUUGCCGGUUUUUCUCACUUCUCGUACAUUAUUCUUUCUUAUUUUUGAUGCAGAAAAGGAUUUGGAGUCCAACUGGAAACCAGUUAUUAAUAUUGAAGGUGAGACGAUUGGCCAAGAAGAGGUUCCUAUGACGACACUUAAUUACAUGCUCAAUUGGAUGGCUAACAUUCAUGGUCACCUAAUGACAUAUGAUGAUGAAGGAGGUUUUUGUGCAUUUCCACGAAUGUAUUGUGUUGGUACUCACGGUGAUUGUGUAAAGGACAGAAAAUUAGAAAUAAAGAAAGAACUUGAACAGCAUUAUCAAGAUAAAGAUUUCAGUGCUUUAAUUGAAGGUACUGUAAUUGUUGAUAACACCACUUCUGGGCAAGGUGAGGCUGAAGACCCUUCUCUUCAAGCUUUAAGGGAUGCUAUUAAGAAAAACUUCGUUUUAAAAACACCUCUUAGUCGGAUUCUCUUUCGAAAAGCCAUUCAAGUUCUGAGCAAGAACAAUAAUGUCAUUAGUUUUGAAGAUGCUUGUAUAAUUGGAGCUUAUUGUAAAAUUCCUGUAAAAGAUAUGCACCAUGUUCUCAUGUUUUAUCAUGAACUGGGCGUGUUGCUGUUCUACCCUCAAAUUGAAGGCAUGAAGGAUAUGAUAAUUAUUAAUCCGAGUUAUAUUGUGGAAGCUCUUGGAAAAAUUUUUCCGUUAAGUGUAAACCCUAACAGAGGCAGGUACCACAAGGAAUGGAAGCUGUUUCAUGAGUGUGGGAUCCUUGUUCAACCACUUUAUGUAGAGCUAUGGAAAGAAUAUAAAGAUGCAUCAUCAGAAAUUUUUCUUAAAGUACUUGUUCAUUUCCGCAUUGCUGUUGAAGUUAAGACAGAUAAAUAUCCUCCUCCUUCCAAGCAAUAUUUCAUGCCUCUUGUUCUCAAGUCCACACAAGUUAACAGGAGUUCAAUGACUUUACCAUCAGAUAUCAUUCAAGCAGCACCACUUCAUAUUACCUUCAAUAGUGGAUAUGUACCUCCUGGUUUCUUCACUCGUUUUGUGGUUGUACUUGCAAGCAAAAUUGAGCUUUGUUUUGAAAAAGGUGUCUACAGAAACCAUGUUACACUCCGUUAUCAGGAUCCCAACAGCACCAGUAUUGAGCAUGUAGUAGUCACCGAUUGUACUGAUGUUAUUCAGAUCAAUGUACAACAUCAUCAUCUUGAUCACGAAUUAGUUUCCUUCACAAAAAUAUGUCAAGAUAUUCAUGGUUAUUUAGAAGGUGCAGCAAAGGAAGUUGAAGAACUAUUAAUGAAGUGUGCCAGUGGAGGUACUAAUAAUAACAAGUCAACUCGAUAUGUAUUCAAGCACAAGUUCAAGUAUGUCUGCACUAGCUGCCCAACUACAACUCUACCUCAUUACAUAAAACUUUCACCAACAAAUUUAUCUCAGGAUUCUCAAGUGUUUUGUGACAAAAGUACAGGUAGCUACCGAGCUCUUACUGAACAGGAGAAGGUUUGGUUUAAAGACACCAGUAAGUCAACACCAGCAACACAAAUGUCACCCACAUCAACAGCAAAGUCACCAAAGGGAAAUAAUCCAAUGAAAGAGGAUGUCCUGACAGGUUCUGAUGUGUCUCAAGCAAAACACCUAG